AUGGCAGCUCUCAAGGAUCAGCUGAUUCACAACCUUCUGAAGGAAGAACAUGUCCCCCAAAAUAAGAUCACGGUUGUGGGGGUUGGUGCUGUGGGCAUGGCCUGUGCCAUCAGUAUGUUAAUGAAGGACUUGGCGGAUGAACUUGCUCUUGUUGACGUCAUGGAAGAUAAACUGAAGGGAGAGAUGAUGGAUCUCCAGCAUGGCAGCCUUUUCCUUAGAACCCCUAAAAUUGUCUCUGGCAAGGACUACAGUGUGACGGCCAACUCCAAGCUGGUGAUCAUCAUGGCUGGGGCACAACAGCAAGAGGGAGAAAGCCGUCUGAACUUGGUCCAGCGUAAUGUGAACAUCUUCAAAUUCAUCAUUCCCAAUGUUGUCAAGUACAGCCCCAACUGCAAGUUGCUUGUUGUUUCCAAUCCAGUGGACAUCCUGACCUAUGUGGCCUGGAAGAUAAGUGGCUUUCCCAAAAACCGUGUGAUUGGAAGUGGUUGCAAUCUGGAUUCAGCCCGCUUCCAUUACCUGAUGGGGGAAAGGCUGGGAGUUCACCCACUGAGCUGUCACGGCUGGAUCCUUGGCGAGCAUGGAGAUUCAAGUGUGCCUGUGUGGAACGGCAUGAACGUUGCUGAUGUCUCCUUGAAGACUCUGCACUCAGAGUUAGGCACCGAUGCAGACAAGGAACAGUGGAAACCGGUUCACAAACAAGUGGUAGACAGUGCUUAUGAGGUGAUCAAGCUGAAGGGCUACACAUCCUGGGCCAUUGGAUUGUCUGUGGCAGAUCUGGCAGAAAGCAUAAUGAAGAAUCUCAGGAGGGUGCAUCUGAUUUCCACCAUGAUUAAGGGGCUCUAUGGAAUAAAGGAGGAGGUCUUCCUUAGUGUUCCUUGCGUCUUGGGACAAAAUGGGAUCUCAGACAUUGUGAAGGUGACUCUGACCUCUGAAGAAGAGGCCCACUUGAAGAAGAGCGCAGACACACUUUGGGGAAUCCAAAAAGAGCUGCAGUUUUAAAGUCUUUGGAUAAUGUCCUACCACUUCACUGUCUAGGCUACUACAGGGUUUUAGUUGGAGGUUGUGCAUGUGGUCCUUUUUAAUCUGAUCCAUGAUUAAAGC